AUGUCUACGGCUGCAGUUUCAAAAAGUGCAGUACUAUUAUCGGAGCAAAACAAGGGUAAUAGUGCAUCCAUGACAAAUGCGAAUCAUUUACCUCCAUCCUUGAGUGAUCAGAACAAAGCUAUCCAAAACAAGUAUACCAAGGAGCGCAAAGUUGGUGAAGGUACAUAUGCUGUCGUCUACUUGGGCAAGCAACAAAGUACUAAGCGGUCUAUUGCUAUUAAAGAAAUCAAAACUGGUUUGUUUAAAGAUGGACUAGAUAUGUCUGCUAUUAGGGAAGUAAAAUAUUUGCAAGAGCUAAAGCACCAAAACGUGAUUGAACUAAUCGAUGUCUUCUCAGCAACCGAUAACAACUUGAACCUCGUAUUGGAGUUUUUGCCUUUUGACCUUGAAGUUUUAAUUAAAGAUAAAGAUAUUGUUUUCAAGAGUGCUGACAUAAAAUCUUGGAUGUUGAUGACCUUGCGAGGUAUUCAUCAUUGCCACCGAAAUCAUAUUUUGCAUCGAGACCUCAAGCCAAACAAUUUAUUAAUCUCACCUCUGGGACAGCUUAAGAUUGCAGAUUUUGGUCUUGCUCGAAGUUUGGGGAAUCCUAAUGAAGAUCUUAGUUGCAACGUUGUGACACGAUGGUAUCGUGCGCCUGAAUUGCUAUUUGGCGCAAAACAUUAUACCGAGGCAGUAGAUAUCUGGUCCAUUGGCAUUAUAUUUGCUGAAUUGAUGCUCAGGAUUCCAUAUCUUCCUGGCAAAGAUGAUGUGGAUCAGUUGGAUGUCACAUUUAGAGCAUAUGGAACGCCAACAGAACAAAUUUGGCCAAACGUCUCGAGUUUGCCAAUGUAUAAUGCAUUGCAUGUCUAUCCGCCUCCAUCAAGGCAAGAGAUUAGGACCAGGUUCAGCGCUGCUACAGAGAAGGCAUUGGAUUUCUUGAUAUUACUAACGCAGUUGGAUCCAAGCAGAAGGUGUACUUCAACACAGGCAUUAUUGCACGAUUACUUUGUCGAGAGUCCGGCACCCACAGAGCCAGAAAGCUUACCGACAAAGAAACCAAAGAGCAAAAGAGAAGCUGAAAGUGACGAAGAGGAUAACUCAAGUAACGGAUCAAAGAAACGCCGCAUGUAA